AUGGAGGAUAUAUAAUUGAUUAUAAGAAGAAUUAAACGAUCAGGUGAACCUCGUUUGAAUUUGUCUGGAAAAUAAAUUAUUAGUAUUCCUCUUGAAAUAUACUAAUUAAAAUUAGUUCAUUUAGAUCUAAGUUAUAAUAAAAUAACAUCUAUUGAACCAAGAAUAAUUUCAUUAACAACUUUAGAAGAGUUAGAUUUAAGCAAUAAUUGUAUAGAGGAAGUACCUGAAGAAUUAUUAAACAUGUCUAAUUUAUAAAGUUUAAAUUUGAGCAAUAAUCCUUUGAUAACAAAGUUUUAAAUAUUAAAUGGACAUUUUCAUUAACCAUAAUUAAAUUAGAUUUUACAAAAGUUGUUUUAAAUUAGUCCAGGAUCAUAUUAAUAACCAAGACAGGAAUAGUAAAUUAUUCAGGAAAGACCAAAAACAUAAAAUAGAGCAAUGAGAUAAAUAUAAGAAUUAUAACACACAAAUCAUGUCUUAGAAGUAGAUUCUAAUGAAUUUGAAGUACAUGAAAUAAUUUCUUAAGGUGGCUUUUCAAUAGUUCAUCGUGGAUACUUUAGAGGUACUGAAGUAAGUACAUAGUUCUAAAUUAGAUUGCAAUAAAAAAGAUAUUUAAUCCAAAUAUUACUCAAUAAUUAUUAGAUGAAAUUAAUAAUGAAAUUGAAAUGCUUUCUUUAUUAAGACAUCCAAAUAUAGUACUAUUAAUGGCUUGUUGUACAAGACCACCUAAUUUAGUGAUUGCAACUGAAUUUAUUUCAGGAGGAAGUUUGCAUCAUUUAUUGCAUAAGACCAAGUAAGGCAAAAAUGAUCAAUUAGUCAUUAAAUCUCAGAAUAAUUUAAAUAUUCUAUUGCCAUCUAAAUUGCCAGAACUUUGUAAUAUAUGCAUUAAGCUGGUGUUGUACAUAGAGACAUAAAAUCUCACAAUAUAUUAUUGUAAGGAUAAACAGUGAAGUUAUGUGAUUUUGGUUUAACAAAGAGAUGUGUAAGAGUUAAGUUUAAUUAUAUAUAGUCUGAGUUAAAUUAAGGAUAUUAAUAAUUUAGUGGGACUCCAACAUACAUGGCUCCAGAAUUAUUUGCUAAAAGAGUAUAAUUAUGAUUCAGAAUUAAAAGGCAUAUGACAAAGGGGUAGAUCUAUUUGCUUAUGGCACUUUAUUAUGGGAAAUAUUCGCAAGGGAGAUACCUUGGGAUUGUUUAGAAAUGCAAGAGAUUAUUCAAAAGACUAUGAAAAAUGAAUAAUUACCUGGAAGAAAUGUACCUAAGAAUAUCAUAUAAUUGGUUAAUGAGUUGAGAAACAAAGAUGAAACAAAAAGACCUUCUAUGGAUUUUAUUGUUAAAUAAUUAUUAAAUAGAUGAUUUGAUUUAAUAUAUUAUUAAAAUAGAAUUGACAUUUUGUAUCAUUCUAUAAUAUAUUUUUUAACAUAAUUAUAGUUAAUUAAUUCAAAAAUGAAAACACUCAAAGAAAGAAUGUUAAAAAUAGACAAAGUAUUAUGCAUACCUAUACUAAUAGAUAUGUCAGAAGCUUAAUAUUCCUGAAUAAAGUAAGACUCUUUUCAAAAGAAAGAAAAACAAUUCUUGUAUAAUGAAGGAACAAGACAAGAACAUUAAUAAUGUAAGUAUUAUUAGUUCAAAUGCAGGAUGCAUAAUUAGUAGAACAUAAUUAAAAAAAUAGCAAUCAAUUUAGAUUUUAUAAUGUGAUACAGUUAGAAGUUAAACAUUAUCAUUGAAAUAAUUAAAGAUGAUUCAUGAAUAAGAUUAGAUUUAAUGUAUGCAAUCAUAAAAGGAAGAACUAUAGAAUUAGAUUAACUAAUUAGUGUAAAUGAAAAAAUAAAUAUAAGUAUAAGAAGAGAAAAAGAAAAAACAAUUUAUUACUUAAGACACUUCUCUUUUACCACAAAUGCUUAAAUUGCAAUAAGAAAAGUUGUCUAUUGAAAACGAAAUCACUUAAAUUGAUUCUAAAAUUGAAAAUGUCAGAUAUAGUAACAUAAAUAAAUAAUAACUUCUUCAAAAAAGAAAUUGGAAAGAAGAAAAAAAGGUAUUCCCCAAUAAUAUUCUUAUUUAUAGUCAUUCGAAUAGAAAUGGUUGGAUCUAGAACAAAAUGAAAAUAAAGUUUAAAUUGAUGACAAGUUGUACAAUCUUUUAAUACAAGAUACUCCACCAUAAGAAGAACAAGUUGAUUAAAAGACUAUAGAUAUCUUAACUAAAGAAGUUGAAGAUCUACUAUGUCUCAAAUUACCAGAUGAAUAAGACGAUUAAUAAUUAUAAUAGAGUCAAAGAAACAAAUUAAAUUAACAAUAUUAAUCUCCAUUAUAAAUUAUUGAAGAAGAACAAUCCAUCGAAUUGUCAUUUUAAAAAUUAUGA